AUGUCUUUUGAUAGAGAAGCUGAUGACCAACUUGAAUUCACGUCGUCUAGUGGCGUCGCGGUUGUGCCAUCAUUCGAUGCCAUGAAUUUAAAAGAUUCCCUUGUACGCGGCAUUUACGCGUAUGGCUUUGAGGCACCCUCGGCCAUCCAGUCGCGCGCUAUUACCCAAAUCAUUUCUGGCCGUGAUACUAUUGCACAGGCUCAGUCAGGUACUGGUAAAACAGCUACAUUCUCCAUUGCAAUGCUGGAGGUUAUUGAUACCAAAGUGCGCUCACCACAGGCUAUUGUGUUGUCUCCAACACGUGAGCUUGCAAUUCAAAUCCAAAACGUCAUUAUGGCACUUGGAGACUAUAUGAACGUACAGUGCCAUGCAUGCAUUGGUGGACGCAAAAUUAGCGAAGACAUUCGCAAGUUUGAGCACGGCCAGCACAUUGUUUCUGGAACUCCGGGCCGUGUGGCUGACAUGAUUCGACGACAGUACUUGGACACACGCAACAUCAAGAUGCUGAUUCUUGACGAAGCCGAUACGCUUUUGGAAAAGGGGUUCCAGGAACAGAUUUACGAGAUUUACCGAUACCUGCCGCCGGCCACCCAGGUGGUCGUUGUGUCGGCCACCUUGCCACAUGACGUGCUGGCUUUGACACGCAAAUUCAUGACGGACCCUGUGCGGAUUCUUGUGAAGCGUGAUGAGCUGACCCUUGAAGGUCUUAAGCAGUACUUUAUUGCUGUGGAAAAGGAGGACUGGAAGUUUGAUACUUUGUGCGAUUUGUAUGACACGUUGACCAUCACACAGGCUGUUAUUUUCUGCAACACCAAAAGCAAGGUUGACUGGUUAGCGGAGAAGAUGAAAGAAGCAAAUUUUGCUGUAGUGUCAAUGCACGGUGACAUGUCUCAGGAAGAGCGUGAGAACAUUAUGAAUGAUUUCCGCCAGGGCAACUCGCGUGUGCUCAUUUCCACAGAUGUGUGGGCUCGUGGUAUUGAUGUUCAGCAGGUGUCACUUGUUAUCAACUAUGAUAUUCCUCUUAACCGUGAAAACUAUAUUCACCGCAUUGGCCGUUCGGGUCGAUUUGGCCGCAAGGGUGUCGCCAUCAACUUUGUUGCUGACGAUGAGGUGCGUUUGUUGCACGAUAUUGAGCAGUAUUAUUCGACCCAGAUCGACGAAAUGCCCGUCAAUAUUAGUGAUAUGAUUUAA